AUUUCGUGUCUAAUCAUACGUUCUGAUUGCAUAUUCUGACAAUAAAAUGCAAUCAAAACAAAAAAGAGAAAUUCUAGAAAUAUCCUGAACACUUACCGUACUAAGAAGUCAUACUGGUAUUUGUUUAAUGCUUUUUUCUGUGAGUUAUUCAUAGUGAAAUUAAUCUUUUUAUGUCUCUUCCAAUAGCUCAUCGAUGAAACUAUUUAAUGAAGGAAUAUCUUUUGUGUUGGAGAACUAUAUCAAUUCACGUAAUGAGUGAUAUUGUACAUCUAAACUAACUUUUGCCGAAGUGAAACAAAGGAAUAUAAAUCGUAUAGGCAAUGCAAAAUGCUUUCCGUAUAACAGUGUGCUUUAAAUAUUGACAUGUAAGACAUCAACGAUGACAACGAAACAACAGCAGCCUCUACAGCAUCAAUAAAAUCAUCAGCAUCAACCGAUUAAUGCAAAAUUAAUUGAUAAAUAAUAACGCACAAUCUGUUGUCAAUUUCUUUACUAAACCUAAACUGCAAUUGCUUAGACAGGUAAAUACUUCAGAAUAUUCUGUUUUGAUUCUGAUUGAGGUAUUUUCCAAAUUGAACAGACGGAGUUAGUUUAUUAUAAACGUUAUUAUAGUGGUUAUAGACAACGAGGAAUGCACUAAUGUAAACUGUCUUCACAUAACAUAGAAGAAAACAAACAAGCCUGCAGAUGUGCCAAUGUAUCUAUUGUUUUGACCCGCAGUAGUGUCAAAAUCAACAGCGGUGACUGACUGUGAUGGCGAUGACGAUAAUGACUAAAUCAUCACCAACAACAAAAUCAGCGGCAUAUUUCUAAACAUCUAAUCUCACAUCAGUAACCAACAAUCUGUUCCACACCUAACCUGCAAUUUAUUUUUGUUGGAAUUAGUUGCUUUACAAUUGAACAGACUGAGCUAGCUUAUAAAAAUUAAUGUGCUAAUGUAAGCUGUCUGCGCAGAUAAAAGAAGAAAAUAAACAAGUCUGCAGAUACUGAUCAAGCCUUGGUAGAACAGCAAAUUGUGGAUAACAACAAUUAUCACUGAAAAACGGACGAACAAGCACAUUGCAAGAAGUCAGCAACACAAGGUAACAACAUGGCCGACUUGGUUUCAACUAGCGAAAAUCCCUACGACGUAACAACAAUGUUGAAAUACAACAACACAACAGAUAUUCCGUUUGCAUUCAACGUAACGAUUGGAAACAACCAAAGCAACGGAGACGAAAACCAGUUUAUAUUGCCUUGGUGGCAACAGACGGUAUUCUUUCUGGCUCUUAUAGCCAUUUUGAUAAUAGCUUCGGGCGGAAACCUGAUUGUUAUCUGGAUUGUCUUAGCACAUAAGCGCAUGCGCACAGUGACAAACUAUUUCCUAGUGAACCUAGCAAUUGCUGAUUUCUUGAUAUCUGUGUUGAACAUGCCGUUCACAUUUCUGUUCCUGAUAUACCAGGACUGGUGGUUUGGCACGUUCUUCUGCAAGUUUUCCUGCUUUAUUUCACCGUGCACGAUCUCGGUCAGCGUGUUGACAUUCAUGGCGAUUGCAAUAGACAGGUACUCUGCCAUCUUGUAUCCACUGAGGCCGAGAAUGCCGAAGCGACACGUGAUAGCUGCCAUAGCUGUUAUCUGGUUGAUCUCCAUUGCGCUGUCGCUGCCGAACUUAAUCUACUACACCACAAUAACGUACCCGGGAACUACAAUAUGCCAGUCUACUUGGUCUUUAGAGAAUGAUCUUGCGUAUAAUUAUCUGUUGUUGAUACUGAAUUACGUCUUCCCUCUGGUGACCUUGACAGUGACCUAUACUCGUGUUGGUGUCGAACUAUGGGGCAGUCAGGCAAUCGGCGAGGAAACAUCAGUUCAACAUGAUAGAGUGAAGUCAAAACGAAAGGUUGUGAAAAUGAUGAUAGUGGUUGUCGUUAUAUUUGCUGUGUGCUGGUUGCCAAUGCAUCUAUAUUUCCUAUUAACAAAUCAUCACCCAGAUGUGACAGAAUUUGAUUACAUUCAACAGAUCUACAUUGUGUUUUAUCUGAUGGCAAUGAGUAAUUCUAUGUACAAUCCUAUCAUUUACUGUUGGAUGAAUUCUAGGUUCCGUGAGGGAUUUAUCCGGGUUUUCUGCUGGUGUCCAUGUAGACCUUGUAAAAAGUUUCGGAGUAAACUCCGGUUUCGGAGGACUCUAUUUCCGACCAGCGUCAAUGCCAUGUCCGAGAAAUAUAGCGAGAGAAACGGCUCUCUAAUGCAUACAAUGACAGAAUAUGUAGAUCCGGAUGUAAGUAACCCUCGACGGAUUUCAAAUAAUAGGAACAUAGUACGAAAACCAGAUGAUUACUUGUGACAGUCGUAUUUCAUGUACAAUUUGUAAUUUAUUGUUUUAUGUGGGAUUUUAAGAGAACAUUUGUUCCUUAUAAGUGGAUGAUAACGGUCGUUAACUACUUGGUAUUCGUGCAAGAAACAACCAUUGGAUUCGUUUCAAAACACAUACUGUGUGAAAAGUUGGAAAUACUGUCGAUUUACAAAUCCAGCUUGAUGUCGGUUUGUCUGUAGUGGUUUGAGGAGCCUGUACAGCAAUGUUGAGCAUACAUUGUCAACGUAUAAUUAGAAUAGGUGUGUUUAGCGAAUUUCAUUACACAAUCCACACCAUAGAUUGUGCGUUUUCAUGGUGUGGUUUUAUGUAAAACAAUGAACGAACGUGAUAGUGAUUCUACUAGAACUUCUAAAAUAUAAAUUAUGAAUAAAUGAAUUGCUAUAUCUAUAUCAUAGCUGGAUGGAAUUACUUACCAUAGAUGACAGAGACGGAGUAUCUACUCUGGAAAAGCAUUAUUUAGUGACAUACACUGAAACGGUCCAUUGUGCAAAUAUAGCAUAUGUUUUUUUUUCGAGGUGAAGAAUGACGUAUUGUAGAAAUAAUCAUAUCAUUCUUUUCAUAGCAUAUCGCAUUAAUUUGCUUUAGAGAAGUAAACUGAGCCGCGCCAUGAGAAAACCAACAUAGUGGGUUUGCGACCAGCAUGGAUCCAGACCAGCCUGCGCAUCCGUGCUGUCUGGUCAGGAUCCAUGCUGUUCGCUUUCAGAUCCUAUUGCAAUUAGAGAAACUAUUAGCGAACAGCAUGGAUCCUGGUUCCAUGCUGGUAGCUAAGCCACUAUGUUGGUUUUCCUAUGGCACGGCUCAAAUGUAUAUAUAUAACUUCUGGGACAGCAGGUAUUUGAUGCUACUUUGCAAUAUAUCAAUUCAUUACAUUAUCAUUUCUCACAAUUUUCAUACAUAUUAAAAUAACUUAUACCAGUCAGUUGCAAUAUGUACAAUACAUCAGCAGAUACUUGCCUACUACGUAACUGUGGCAGUGAUUACCUUCAUUAUUUCAGUAAUACAAACAGUCUUUCGAUUUUAAGACUGUUUAGUACACUCUUAUAUUAAUGUUGGCCUUUUAGAACACCAGUCAACCGGUCAAAUACAAAAACACAACAACUACUGAUUUAGGUACACAAUGUGCGUGCUGAAUGUGCUGAAUGCAGUGCCGGACGUAUGGUAGUAAAUGGAUUUGUAUUAUAGUUUCAGCUUCUUUGUGUCUAAUAUGUAUUCACAACUGUAUGUUGAUACCCACUUUACGGUAUGGCUAAUGUUACCAUAAUUGUGUUUUACUUUGAAUACAACUGAUUCUGAUGGACGUUUUCAGAAGGAAUUUUACAGCACGCACAUCGUGCUAAUUUUACAUUUGAUGUACAUAUAUACCUUUCUCGUCUGCAAACACAUAAAGUUAUGCCUGUUCAGAAAUGAAACAAAAGAGAAUUUGUUUUAAAACAAAAGCACCCAUCUUUCACUCAAAUAAUUUAUGAAGAUGUAAGAAUUUCUCCACACAUAUAUUUAAGUAAGCGAAAUAUAUAAGAAGACUGUGUUUGGAGAGCUACAUUUAUAAUUAAAUGUCAAGUAAAGCAGUUUCUUGUUCAAAUGUUUUUUUGUUAGUAGUAAUAUAAAUUUAGUGUGCAGAGGUAGAUAUACUUUUGUUAGGCGUAUUUUGUUUUGGUUGAGUUUAGCGUUACACCGCCACAAUCAUAGACUUUCCAGCUUUUGAUGACGGAGGAAGACCACAAAAGCACCUCUGUGCAUUAUUUCAUCACUUGCUGGCACCUUGGCAGAACCAUCUACCUUCCGCCAGCUAGAUGGCUUUCUUACAUGAGGAAUUCAACGUCCGGAACGAGGCUCGAACCAACGUCGAUGAGGGGCAAGUGAUUGAUUUGAAGUCAAUGAGCCUUAACCACUCAGCUACGGAGGCUCCUAGGUGUAUACUUUUUUAAACCUGACAUACAUUUUUUCCUAUACAUAUAAAACAAUUAGUUUUAUGGUAACAUAUAUUAUAAAGUAAUAGUUCAUAUUUUAAGAUAUGCAAAUUGGUUCAGUACAUAUUUAAAAAAGUUCAUGUUAUGUCUUGUGUGUUUAGACUGGUAAAAAGCACAUUGGCAGUUUUGGUAAAUCCGUAUAUCGCUCUGCCGAUUUUAGGAUACUUCAGAGGGCCCAAUAUGCGUUAUAAGCGUUUAAUGCAAUAAAAGUAUCAGGAAAAAUUGGUUCAACAAAAAAACUUGCCUACGUCAAAUUGUAGUUGCCUUAUCAAAAGAAAUACAAUCCCAGCUCUUUUAAUUCAAUAUUAUAUAAUAAUAUCACAUCGUGUCGAGUCAGCUUGGAUCUUAACUGUCUGAAAAAUAAGAUUUACCUAUAAUUAAAUGUUAUUUUUGAGUUACAUACAUUCUUAUUUCGAAAUGCAUUAUCGUCUUUAUGUUUUUGUUAAGUUAGAUCGUGCCUUUAAUCUCGCGGAAAAGGUUGUUUACACGAAAAUAUACAUACUAGUUUUAUAUAGUAAAGGACUGCUUAAACCAUAUAGGAAGUGACUACUUAGUGUAACAUGAUGUGAAGUAUUCAAAAAUGUAGUUCCAUGUUUUUGAAGAGAUAUGGUAUUAUGAAGCGUACAAGUAUGUGGCAUUUUUAUCUUUGGCUACGUUUUAUUGUUUAUUGUACUGAAAAAAGAUCUAGACCACUUUCAUUCUGAAUCUCCAGGUUUUAGCUUUAUUCAUUAAGAAAAAAUGUCUACAGACUCGGAAUUGCCUAAAAGCAAAUUUCAUAGCAGCAUUUUCAGAGGGUGCUGUCUUUCAAAACGGGUUAUAUUUCUUUCAUGUAACAUAAAGUCUUAAUAUGUUUUUUUUUUAAAUUCUGGUAUUAUGACAUGUUAUGCUAUAUGGCUAUGUAUUGUUUUUAUAUCACUGAAAUGCUCUAAAUUACUGAACAUGUGGUAUCAAGAGUUUACUGUUUAUAUGAAGGACCUGAAUUACUAUACUUUAACCUUAAAUGUAAAUAUGUCUUAUUAUAUUAUAGUAAAUCGAUACAAUUUCUUGUAAGCUUUUCCAGGGCUUUUCAUGUCAUUAUGUGAAAUGUGUUUAGUAUUUUGAAAAAAAUUGUUUUGCCACAAUUUGCCAUUUCAAACCUUUGUCUUCAUUUGGUUUGCAAUAAUUAUACGUCGAAUAUCUUACAAACGUGCCACGAUAUCUCAUGUUUAUAAACAUUUUACAGUUGUGACGAAAUUCAGAAAAUAGUGCCUCUACGGUUAGGUACUGAAUUUUACUAACACAUAUAAUUGUAAUAUCUUUUCAAACUAUCAAGUAUAUGACGAUUUAGUUAUUCAUUCAAAAUUAUAACUGAAUGACACUAUAAAUUCAAAAACGAGUAUUUUUCAAGAAUUAAAACGUUUCUUUAUUUGUGUCUUCAAGGAAUGUCUGUAAAAUUUAUUUUGGUAUUUGUAAUAUGCUCAAAUGUUGAGUUCUGCUCAACCCGGGGUUAGAGGGUCUGGACAGUAGCAUGUUGAUCCGUCUGCAGACUUUCCAUAAUUUUAUUCAAUUCUAACGUGUUAUUUGUAUUGUUUCUUUUGCAUUCUUUGAAUGUUGCCAUUUAAUAAAGCUAUAUUUCAUCAUAUAUGAUUUUGCCCUGUAGAUUUAUUUCCCUAUAUUGAUGAAUAAAUUGUAAAAUGUGUGUCUGGGUAUCUUGUUUUAUUUCUGGCAUGUCUUCAAAUCUAAACGGAUUUGUUCUACAGGUUUAUGGAAUACGUAUAUGACCUUUCACAAUAAAGUCAGAAUUUAUAAUCCAUUUAAUUGAAAAGUUUCUUUUAGCUAUAUAAAAUGUUAUUAUGUUAUGUAUAAAUACAAAUAUGGAAACACAGCAGAACAUACUUGAUCAUUUCUAGGUCUUCGACUUUCCCUUACAUAAUGUUUUGACGUAGCAAAUACAUGUAUUAUUACAACAUUGUCAUCACACAAAUAACUUUGUACAUACUAGAAGCGGAACAUAACUUUGGAAGUCUAAUUAACUCCCUACUCCUUCCUUAGAACGAGUUAGAAAUUGUAUAAUCAUCCUCAGCUUCAUAAUCAUCAUCAUCAUCAUCAUAGGCAUUUGACUUUUUGCUUUUGAAUUUUAUGCUAGAAAACAUGUAGUUAUAUUUUAACUGUAAAAACAAAUGGUAUGAUAAAGUCAACAAUAAAAAGCUCUUAAAGACC